AUGGAAGGAGCACCACCACUGUCGUGGAUCGCUCAUCCAGUACGCGUCCAACUUGUCCCUGGAGGUAGUGAACAGUGCGUUGAAGGCAAUCUCUCUACACUGUGGAUCCACUUAAACUGGGAAGCUUGCGUGCUUGUGCGAUUCCGCAAUGAAAAGCCCUGCCAGGUCUCAUGGAUACCUCGUGAGGGCUACACGUCGGUGAGCAUGAUUGAUGAGUCAUCUCCUCACUGCCAACAAUAUAGUGUUGAAUUGGCUGACAUGAUGGGCAAUAUGCUUUGGCAGUGGCGACAACCACCUCGUCUGCACACGAGGUGGACGCCCGAAGAGUUAAAGAAAGGGACUUCAUUUAGGCGAACUCGGCUUCUAUCGUGGUUACGAGCGAACCACGUGGACGUCAAGGAAUGCGAUGACGGUUCUCUGCUGAUUUUUGCAAGGGCAGCCGCGUAUUCAAGUCGCCGUUCAACUGAAGAUCAGUUGCUAUUGGAAAUUCUUAUUUUCUGA